AUGUCGCUCAUGCUGAAAUCAGCAUGGACUUUUACUUUUAGGCAAACAGUGAUCCGAUGCCAACUUCAAUCAACACAAAAGACUUUACAACGUCCCUUGAUUCCCAUAAGAUGUCUUCAUUUGUCUCAAUCUAUUUUUCAGAAUCUGACUGAUAUCCAACCAAAGAAGCAGCCGAGCAAACAGUCAAAGAAAAAAGAUCAAAAGCACCGGAAUCAGGACCAAAAGAAACUGGAGCAACAAGGUCAAAAUAACAAGAAGCAAGAGCCACAGGACACACCUGUUGACCCAGAGAUUGAACUCUUGUCAAGAUACGCAAAAGAGGGAGAUUUUAUAUCUGCCAGAAGAUUUUAUGAACGUCUGCGCUCACGUCGUGUCCAGAUCCCAGCCAGUGUCCACGCUGAAUAUUUCCUCUGCUUACCGGUCAGCUACAACUAUGAUAAACUCUGGGCCCUGUAUGAGGAUAUUAAGCGUGAAGGUAUGGAAAGGAAUAGGUAUUUUUACAACACCCUGAUAGCCAAGUUUGGUCGAUUGAAACGCCCAAAGGAUGCUAUUGCAAUCUUUGAGGACAUGAAGAAGUCGGGCAUAAGGCCAAACAAGAAUACUUACGCUUCUGUGAUCUCCGCCUGUGUCAGAAGCAAGGCGCAAAACAGCGCAAUGCGUUUCUUUGAUGAAAUGAAGGAAGCAGGCAAGAUCAGCCCGCCAGCGAUCAAUACGAUGAUGAAGUUUUAUCUUCGAUACAAAUCAGAUAAACAAAAGGCACUCGAGUGCUACCAGCUGCUUGAAAAAGCGGACAUGUUGCCCAACGUACAUACGUAUAGAUUGCUCUUGGAAAUACAUGCUUAUUAUCGACCAUAUGAUAUGCAAAAAGCCAAGGAUAUACUACAUGAGAUGGAGCAACGUAAUAUCACACCUGACGCAAGACAUUAUGUCGUCUUGAUCAACUCUUAUGGUAAUCGUCAACGUGACCUCUCGUCUGCUCUAAAAAUGUAUGAUUCUAUGAUAGCAGUCGGUAUUAAGCCUGACGACAAUAUGUAUCAAGUGAUGGCCCUUAUUUAUUCCAAACAUGGCGAUACAGAAAAAGCAAACGAGUUUCGUUAUAAGAUAGGAUAA